AUGCCAAAUCUUUUUAUGAAAAAAAAACAAAUAAAUUUUAUGGACAUAAAUUUAAAGAAAAGUUUAUACAAAUAUAAUGAAAUAAAUGGAAAUAAAAACGUUGACAAAAAUGAUAACCAAAAAUAUUUUGUUUUUAUGAGAAAAAUCCAAAUACAAAAGAAAAUUAGACUGAUUGGAAAUUUAAAAUAUAAUGAAAAUAUUCAAAUAUUUCGAACAAAUUUAAAAAAAAAAAAACAUUUUUAUUAUUGUAAUUUUUUAAAAUCAGAUAUAAUAACAUUACUAAAAAUUGAUAUAGAAAAUUUAAAAAAAAAAAAAAAGUCAUAUUUUUUUAUAACAAAUAGAAAAAAUUCAUUUAAAAAAAUUCUACAAAAUUAUAUACAAGAUUCUAAUAAUACUUUGUUUGAUUUAAUAAAAAAUAAAUAUAUUCCAAAUUUAAGUUUAUAUAAUUUAUUUAUUAUAUUAAAAUUAGGUUUUUAUUUUAAAAAUAUUGAAAAUUUUAAGAUACAUGUAUUGGAAGCAUUUGUAAAUAAACUCGAACAAAUAAAAGAAAGAAAUAAUCAUCAAAAUAUUAAAAAAAUAAAAGAAAAUAAUAAAUUAAUAUUAACAUAUCAGCAUAUAAAAGAUUAUAAAUUUUUUAUGGAACAUAACAAUGCUGAUAAUACUCUUUACAUUUUUGACUUAAUACAUUUUAUAAACAACAUAACUAAUCAUAAUAUAUUUCUGGAUUCUAUUUUAAAUAAAAUAAAAGAUAAACAUUAUAAAGUUAAUGACUAUACUUAUGAUUCCUUCUUAACAAACUCUCAAAACUUUCAAAAUGAUCAACAUAUCGAAUUGUCUAAUUUGGAGAAAAAGCAUCGCAACGAAAAAGACGAAAGGGAAAGUGAGCAUAAUAGUAAAAGUUUUAAUUUAAAUCCUAAAAAGUUGAAGCUUACAAAAUUAAAAUUAAAAAAAAAAAAUGAUUGCAUAAAUAGAAAAGAUGAAAUACAUCUUAAUGAAAUAAAAUAUUUUUUUUACAACAAAAAGGUAAAUACUUUGGGUGUGUAUAAAGAAAUAUAUGAAAAAUCAGAUCAAUAUAAAAAUUUGAAGUUUUAUGAUCACCUAAACAAAAUAAAAGAAAGUGAAAAAAAUGGACAAAACGAAAAAAAUGAAAAAAAUGCGACACCUCCUAAGUGCCUUAUAACAGAAUUGAGAAAAAGUUAUUUUAAAUGUAAGUAUAUAAGAAAUAAUUACAAAACAGAAAAAACAAACGUGAAAGUUAAUGAAUUUGUAAAUAUUUCCAAUAAAUAUUUAUUAAAAGAAAGUAUUUUAAACAAACUUUUAUUAAUAUGUAUAAAUAAUUAUGAUGAAAAAAUUUAUAAAUAUAUGAAAUAUAUAUAUUUUUCAAAUUUUUAUUUUUAUAACCCAUUAUUAAUUUUUCAGUAUUUUCAAUUUAUUCCAAUAAGUGAAAAUAAAUAUUAUGAAAAAUAUUUAAAAAUAUUUCUAAACUUUUUAAAUAAUAUUAUUAUUAAUUUUCAUUUUUAUUUAAUUCCAUUUUUUACAAAUUUAAAUUAUUCACAUCUUUUUUUUGAAUUUUUUAAAAAGCAAUUACAAAUAAAUUGGAAAAAAACAAAUGUGAAAAUAUACAGAAUAUUAACCACUGAUCUAUCUAUAAAAUUCAUUUUUUCAAACUAUCGAAAUGAUGACAAAAACAGCGAAAUCGAACAAAAUUGUGAACAUAAUUAUGAAAUAAACUUGGCAUAUGCUUUGGCAAUUUUCUACAAAAUAUACAAAGACGAUGUUGUUUUACAAAAAUGGAAAAAAAUUUAUGAAAAUAAUUUUUAUUUUUAUAAAACUGAAUAUGAAAGAAAAAAAAACAUUGAAUCUAUAGGAUGUGAAAGUAACAUGGAUAUUUUUAAAAACUUUUUAAAUUAUAAAACAAUAUUUAAUAAUUACCAAACUGAGUUAAAUUCCAUUUUUUUAGAAAAUAAUUUAUUUCAAUAUUUUAAGAAAAAAGAAGAAGAUAUCGAAAAAAUGCCAAAUCUUAAACCUCAAAUAAAUAAAAAUAGACAAACUUUAAAUGAAGCAAAAGACAAUAAUAUUUUUCAAAAAAAAAAAAUCGAUUUUUAUUUAACUACUUUUCAAAAAAUGCAAAAUGAAAAAUUAGAACAAUUUCAAUGUUCUUUACAACAUACUUAUGAAAUAGAAAAUUCUAAAAACAAAAUAAACAUAAUUUUAAAUGAUGAUCAAUUAAAAUAUAAUAAUAUAUCUUUAAAAAAAAAAGAUUUUUUAACAAUUUUUUUAUAUAUGAAUAAAAAUCAUUUUGGAGAAUGUAGUAAUUAUUUAGCUAAAUUUAUUUAUUUUUUUUUAAAUGAAUAUUCUGAAAAAGAUAUAAUAAAUAUUUUUGUUAGUUACAUGAAAAAUACUAGUGGAAUAAAUCAGGAUAUAUUUCAAUAUGAUUUACUAUUAAUUAACAAAAUCUUAAACAUAUUUAUUUAUAAAAAAAAAAAUAUAUCUUUAAAUAAUAAUAUAAUCAUUUCAAAUAUAUUAGCAAAAUAUCAAUUAUAUAAUAAUAAUUUUUUUUUGUUGGAUAAAUCGAGUUUUAUAACUGACAUUAAAGACACUAGUAUACAUUCAUUAGUUGCUCUUAUAUAUUCAAUUGGUAAAUUAAAAAUAAGAAAAAUGCACACACAUUUUUAUAAGUUAAUUAUAAAAGAAAUUGUCAAAAAAAUUGAUAAAAUAAAUGAAUAUGGAUUAUCUUGUUUAUUAUAUGGAUUAAAUAAUUUAAUAGACAAAAAAAAAAAAGAAAGGGAAAUAACUAUGCCUAUAUUAAGUAAGGAAAAAUUACAAUAUUCUAAAAAAAAAAAUUUAAUUCAAAAAAAAAAUACUUUAUUUGAAAUUGAAAAUAAUGUUAAUUAUAAUUUGAAUGAUUUAGUAUCUUUAGAAGAAAUAGCAAAGGCUGAAAAUGAAUUAAUAAAAGUUAUAGUCAAUAAAUUAAUUGUUUUUAAAAAUAUUAAUAUAAAUUCUUUUUGUAUAUCAAUAUCAUGUUUAUCAAAACUUAAUAUAUUUCCAAUUGAACUAUAUAAUGAAUUAAAAGAUAUUACUCAUAAAUAUAUACACACUGUUAAUGUUACUUCUUUACAACAUUUAUUAUAUGCUUUAUCAAAAUAUUAUUUAAAAACAAAAAAACAGACAAACAUUUGUGACGAUUUAAUCUACGAUAUAUAUAACUAUUUAUUUAUUUAUAAAUAUAAAGAAAUAUCUUUUAAAUGUGCAUGCAAAUUUUUGCACAUUUUAAAUUUGUUAAAUUUGAGAAAUGAAAAUUAUAUACUAUUACUCCUUUUCGUGAUAUCUAACAAUCAAAAGUUAUUAGAAAACGAAUAUGAAAAUGGAUAUGAAAAUAAAAAUGGACAAAAUAUUUCAACUCGUUUUAUGGGAACAAACAUAAACAAAGAUAGAUUUACCAAAACUAUGAUACAUCAAAAUAACAAUGAUAAUAAAAAAAGUUAUUUACCUUUUGACGAUUCUACAAAAAAAUACCCUAAUUCUAUUUUUAAGAAAUUAGAAAAAUUAAAAGAAGAUAGCUAUUUUAAAAGUUCCUAUAAUUCAUACAUGUUUUUUGAUAUAAAAGAUUAUAAAUUUGAUAUAAAUAAUAUUAUUAAUAUUUUCAAAAACAUAGAUAAUAGUUAUAUAAUAAAUAUAAUAGAAUGUUUAUAUGCCUUAUCUUAUUAUUCUUAUUUUUCUAUUCAUAUAUUUAUAAUUAUUAAAAAUAUUUUAAUUAAGCAAAUACAUGAUAUGAAAGUUUCAAAUAUUAUAACAUUGUUUUUUUCGUAUUUAGAUUUACAUUUUUUUGAUUAUUCUUUAUACAAUAUAGAAUCUAAUUUUUAUAUAAAUGAUGAAAAUAAUUCAAAAAAUUAUUGUAAUUCAAAAGAAAUAAUUGGCUCCUUUCCAUUAUUUAAAGAUGCAGUAAAGUCUGAUGAAAGUAAAAAUCUCAAAAUGGAAAAAGAAAACGUAAAUAAUAAUAUUCAAAACCCCCAAAAUGACGAUUUUUUUUUACGAAAUAAAUUAAAUAGUGUGUACAAAAAUAUGACAAAUAAUUUCAAAAUAUUAACUGAUGAAGAAAAAAAAAAACAUGUUGAAGAAUUAAAACUCAUUAUGGGAAAAUUAAAACAAAAUAAAAAAUAUUUUGUUGAAAAAAUUUAUCAAAAUAAUGAUAUAAUUAGUCCAGAAUAUAUUAUAUCCAUGUUAUAUGAUUAUACCAAUCCAAGUAAUGAAUUUUAUAACAAAACGAGUUUUUUAUCUAUUCCUAAAUUAAGCAAUAAUCAACAAGACGUUUCAAAUAGUGUAAUAAAUGAGAAGAAAAAAAAAGAGCUAUCUAAAAAGAAUUUUGAAAUUAAUAAAAAAUUUGAACAAAAUACAACUGAUUAUAACUUUGGAUAUGGAAAUAAUACAGAAGAAAAUCAAAAUAACUUUCUAAAAAAAAAAUAUACAAAUUUAAAUGAAAAUCCUAUUUUAUCUUCUACAAAAAAGAUAUACAAUUUUGAGGAAAUAAAAAAGAUUGUUGAUAAUUUUGGCUCGGAACCCCCCCAAAAAAUAAACUUAAAAAAUAAAAGCUUAAGUGAAAAAUUAGAAAAAAAACAAUAUUAUGAAAAUUUAUUAUUUUUAAAAUAUAGAGAAUAUUAUAAAGAAGAUUUAGUUAAUUUAUGUUUAGAAACUUUGUUAAAGAAUACAAAUUAUAUUUUAAAUAAUUAUAAACAAUAUAAAAAUUGUAGUGUAUUUUUUUUAUCACUUUUUUAUAAUAUAUUCUUCCCAUACACCAACAAUGAUAUAUUUAUAUUUUUUAAAUCAAUACAAAAAAAUUAUAAUAUAUAUAAUAAAACAAAAAAUUAUAAUAAUACCCAUAAUUUUGACAAUAUAUUAAAAAACAUUGAGUUGUCUGAUUUUAAUGAUGAUACUAUAAAAAAUGUUAUUGGAUCUAAAAAUUUAUCACAUGCUUUUAUUAAUACCUCAAAAAAUACCCCACAACUCAUUAUACCAUAUUUAAAUAUUUUGCAACAUGAUAAUAACUUUUUAAAUAAAGCUAUUUUAAAUAAAAAAACAGAAAUUGAAAAUACACAAAUAUAUCAAGUAAAUAAUAACCAGGAUACUAGUACUGAAAAGGAGGCCAACCAAACUAGUCCCAAUAGUGAUGUUAUAAGUGAAUAUGAAUAUUUUAUAAAUACAUAUAAUUCAGCUUACGCUAUGAAAAAAAUAAAUAUUGAAAGCAUCGUUCCUCUCAAUCUUCUUUACAAAUUUUUUCAGUUAUUUAAUUUUAACAUAAACAACAUUCAGUUGAUUCAUCUCUUAAACGAAACAAAUAAGGAAAAUGAUUUUACUGAAAAAUCUGAGGAAAAUGACAACAAUGAAAAUUUAAAGUUAAAAAAAAAAAAUGGCAUUUUACCUUACCAAUUCAGAAAUAUACAUUGCCCAUUAAUUCAAAUAAAAAAUAAAACCUUAAUUAUUCAUAAAAAUUCGAAAAAAGUUUUUUCGAAAAAUUUAAAUAUUAUAGACCAUUACUUUAAACCUUAUCAAGGUUUGGUUAUACAACAUUUGGACAGUCACAUGAAUACCCUAAUUAAUAUUUAUAUUGAUAUUUAUGUAGUUGCAUAUAAAGUAGAUAUUUUAAUUGAAAGGAAAAGUAAGCACCAUUACACAUGA